CACCACCGUUCUAGAAUCGCUCUAACAUAAACAUCCACCCCUUUCACCAAUCAUUCUUCCCAGAUUCACACCCCUGCCUAUAUAUAUCAACCCGUCAGCACAUCAGCGGACUAAACCAAACCAAGUCAUGUCCAACUCUACCUCCUCCACGCCUACCAAGAACACCGCCACGCCUUCACCCACCAUUACGCCGCUACAUGACCCUAGUCAUCAGGCCAAGGUCAUUCCCGCGAAACCGUUGGGAGUGUCGAACCCCAACAUUGUACCAGGAAUGACUACGAACGGUGCUGCGGCUGGUCUGGGGCAAAAGGCUCUGUUAGCCAAAAAGUUUGCAAAGGCCAACAAACCUACAAUUUCACCUACAGAUCAACUCCAAAGUCCUUGUACGGCCAAGCUUUCGAACGCAAAGCAACGCCACUUUGCAAAAGGGAAACCUGCUUCGCUUUCACAAUCUUUUGUGGCCAUCCGCGAAAGCUCUGGAGCAGCGCCUUCUCCUGUAAACAGGAAGACUGACUUUUAAAAGAAAAAAUGUCACGGCGCUGUCCUCUGGAAACUCGUAUUUGGAAUCCUUUUUGUUGUUUGUGAUUAAUUUAUCUUUCAUGUCCUUCAAUUCUCCCCCGCGGUCUACGUACACGACCCUAACCCUCCAAACCAGUUCAAUUUUUGUUAUUUGCCAUCAUUGCUUGUGUGCCAUCAUUCCACCCUCCAUCAAUAUCAGUUAUAAGCCUUUUCUUGGCUGCAACCGUCCAAUCACAGUUUUUCAAUUGUUUCUGUAGAAAAUGCAUCUUGUACUAUACGA